AUGCAGGGCACUUCAUUUCUUUUCGGCACACUCACGCCUGAGCAUAACUGGAACUCGAUUCGAGACCUAAAAUGCUAUUUCGACCAAAACCUAGGCGCGGAGUGGAUUCUUGCUGCAGUUUCCGGGCUUCCCGACUACUGGGAUCUCUUAGUAAAGAAAUUGCCAUCCAUCGAUGGCUCGUUCCCAGGUCGGCAGGUACUGGAGGACUUCCACCGCUGGCUUCGACAAGGAUUCAAUGCGGAUGAGACCUCAUCUCAAUUGGGAAAUACUGUUCUGCUACCCAUUGUGGUAAUUAUCGGCUUGAUUGAGUACUGGCGUUUUGUUGAAGCGAAGAACCCAGGAUGUGAAGAUCCACUCCAAGAGUUUAGUUCCAAGCUUCAAGAAGGCGAAAUGUGUAAUUCUGAGGCCAUUGGCCUGUGUGCAGGGCAGUUGACCGCAUACGCUGUUGCCAGCAGUCGUACUCGCUCUGAGUUUGAACGUUAUGGCUCCGUUUCAAUUCGUUUGGCAAUGAUGAUCGGAGCAGCUACGGAUGCGCUGGACGCGCGACAUGGGAAGGCAAAAUCUUAUGUUGCAGCGUGGCGUAAUCCCGAACAAUGUGAACAAAUGAAGCGGGCCAUCAGCCUAGUACACCCACAAGCAUACAUUUCUGUUUGGCUGGAUGAGAGACGAGUGACAAUCACCACAACUGCCCAAUGGAUUCGGUCUAGUCUUCUACGUCAAUUUCAGGGAGCGGGACUGACAGUCGCCGAGUCGACCAUCCAAGGGCCCAUUCAUUCUCCUAGCAGUGAGAACAAAUCGCUUGCCCAGGGCAUUCGUGAGAUUUGCCAAGUUACUCCCGCUUUACAGCUAGGGGAUAUCUCGAACCUCGCCCUUCGGACAUACACGAACGACGGCCAUGGGACUCCAGUUGACCGGGGUAGUCUGCACGACCUAGCUGUGCAAAGCACACUUGUUGCAGAGUGUAACUGGUAUGGGACCUUUGCAUCGCUACCUCUAUCUCAUAGGAACUCGACUCAAGGUGUUGUCGCAUUCGGCCCUGACCGGUGUGUCCCUCAAUCCUUGACAACAUCCUUGGGUGGAAGAUUUAUUCAUGUCUCACGCCUGGGUCAUUCCGAUGCUCUUCCCAAUGGUAUCGAUACAUCAACGUUUUCUGCUACCCCAACCACUACUGCCGCUACCCCUGCUGCUAUGACACCUGCGCUCACCACACCUGUGUCUCCAUCCCUUGUUCCACCUGCCUCUCACAUUCCAACGCAACAAACAGAGUAUGUCCAGAAUACGCCCGUGAAGCAGCUCCGAGCUGUAGAUAUGGCGAAUCCCGACAAUGAGAUUCGAGCGAAGCAACACCAACAGGCCGAGCCUUCACUCUCGACCGAAAGUACGGUUGCCAUAGUGGGCAUGUCCAUCAAAACAGCUGGUGCAGACGACGUAGACGAGUUCUCGCGCAUGAUACAAACUGGCACCUCCCAGCACGAGCUAGUUGGACCUGAUCGAGUCAAAUUUCAUACGCUGUGGCGCGAAGGUGACUGGGAUCCCUCUUACAAAUGGUAUGCCAAUUGGAUGCGCAACAUAGAGAGCUUUGACCAUCAAUUCUUCAAGAAGAGCCCUCGAGAAGCCGCCAACAUGGAUCCAGCGCAAAGGCUCUCUCUGCAGGCUGCUUACCAAGCCGUUGAAAGCUCUGGCUACUAUUGUAGCGAUCGAAAUCCCACCACAGGAAUGGAUCGGGAUGAGACUGAUGCAAAUCAUACUGGUGUAUAUUUGGGAAUAACAUUGGAUGAUUAUCAAAACCACGUCAGAUCCCAUCGCGCAAAUGCCUUCUCCAUCACGGGAACUAUGCGGAGUCUCAUUGCCGGCAAGAUAGCUCAUCAUUUUGGCUGGACAGGCCCCGCCAUGACUCUCGAUACUGCCUGCUCCUCAUCUGGUGUUGCCAUUCAUACAGCCUGUCGAGCCAUUUUGGCUGGUGACUGCAAUGCUGCUCUUGCCGGAGGGGUCAACGUCAUUACUGACCCUCUUGCCUUCCAGGAUUUAGCAGCUGCCGGCUUUCUCAGUCCCUCACGCCAAUGUAAGCCAUUUGAUAACAGUGCAGAUGGGUACUGCCGGGGGGAAGCUGUGGGCUUUGUCUUCUUGAAACGACUCUCCGAUGCAUUGGCGGAUGGCAAUCAGAUAUUUGGAUGUAUUGCCAAGUCAUCAGUCUAUCAGAAUGAGAACCACACACCCAUCUUCGUUCCGAACUCACCUUCUUUAUAUAACCUUUUCAGUUCUGUUAUAAAGAAAUCCCAGGUAGAUCUAUCAGACAUAUCAGUGGUGGAAUGUCACGGGACAGGUACGCCAGUGGGGGAUCCUGCUGAGUGGGAAAGUGUUCGUCAGGCCCUGGAAGGGCCUGAAAGGCCUGAGCCAGUGUAUAUCGGGUCUGCGAAAGGUCACAUAGGCCACACAGAGGGUGCUUCUGGCUUAGUUGCGCUCAUAAAGGUCUUGGCUACAAUUCAAAGCGGGUACAUUCCACCUCAGGCAAGUCAUUCCACACUGAAUCACCUCAUACAACCAACCGACACGAUGCAGAUUGCGAAGGCUCUACAGCCCUGGCGAGCUACACGCAAGGCAGCAUUGAUCAACAACUACGGUGCCAGUGGAUGUAAUGUGGCCAUGGUUGUCACCGAAUCUCCAGUCUCCCAGCCGUCACAUGACCAGUGUAUUUCAGAAGAGUUGAUGAAUGUUCCCAUCUGCAUUUCCGGGCGAACCAUAAACACAGUCAAGGCCAACUGCGCACGGCUUCUUAAAUACCUUGACAUUCACACCGGUAUUAGCCUCGUCGACCUUUCAUUCAACAUUAACCGUCAAUGCAGCCGUCUGCUGCCCUACAGAUUCUCAUUCACAUGUGGUUCUCUAGAUGAAUUGAAAAUGUCGUUAUCGCAAAUAGUGGCUCUGUCUCCUGGCCCAGAGGCGGAUACAAUGGUUACUCCCUGCCAGCCUGAGCGACAAAUUAUUCUCUGUUUUGGUGGCCAGAUAUCAAGAGCCAUCGGGCUAGAUCGUAGCCUGUACGAUCGUACGAAGGUUUUACAAUAUCAUCUGAAUGAAUGCGACCGAGCAGUUCAGUCACUAGGGGCUGAAAGUAUCUUCCCUGAUAUUUUCUCCCAUGAACCAGUAGAAGACCAGCAACAUUUGCAAACAAUGCUAUUUGCAAUGCAAUAUUCUUGCGCAAUGUCCUGGUUACAAUCUGGGUUAUCAAAGCGAGUUGCUACACUUGUUGGUCACAGCUUCGGGGAGAUUACUGCGAUGUGUAUAUCUGGCGUGCUGUCUUUGCAGGAUACUUUGAAGCUGGUGGUAGGAAGAGCACAGUUGGUCCGAGACUCGUGGGGAUCUGACCCCGGUGCCAUGCUUGCGGUCGAAGCGGACGAGAUUGCUGUGCAAACACUGUUAUCUCAGGCCAACCGGGUGUACACUGGCUCCCAUCCGGCAAGUAUUGCGUGCUACAACGGUCCUAGGAGUUUCACUUUGGCAGGUUCUGAAGAGGCCAUUGGCAUCGUGACUGAUAUUCUGUCUGAAACCUCUCCUCCGAUACGCAGUAAGACACUGCGAGUGACGAACGCCUUCCACUCAAGUCUCGUCGACACAAUUGCCUCUAGGCUUAAAGCUGUGGGAGGAAGUAUCACCUUCAAGAAGCCAAAGAUUCCUCUUGAGCGAACGACAGAGGCUAGAUCAUCCGCUGGACUUCUAGGCCCGCAGUAUGUGGCGGAACAGAUGAGACAACCAGUAUUCUUUCACCAUGCUGUGCAACGCAUCGCGAAGGGCCAUCCGAACUGUGUUUGGUUAGAGGCAGGGUCUAGCUCUACAAUCACUGUCAUGGCCCAGCGAGCGUUGGAUUCCACUCAACGGACGUCCUGUCAUUUCCAGCCUGUCAAUAUUGAUGAUUCUGAUGCUUUCAGCAAUCUUGCCGAGGCGACAGCCUCUUUGUGGAAAGAGGGGCUGUCUUUGUCGUUCUGGCCACAUAACGCCAUCCAGACGGCCGAAUACGCUACCAUUGUCUUGCCCCCAUACCAGUUUGAAAGAGAAAAGCAUUGGGUGGAACUUCGAUCUCCGGUUGAGCUUAUUGAACAAAUAAAGGAUCGUGUGCGGGCAGAGAGCACUAUUCCAGCUUCGGAGUCUACAGCUGAUCCAAACCAAAAAUGGUUGUUUACUGGGUAUAAGGACUCGCACGUCAAGGGCAAGAGGCAACCUUGUUUCAACAUCAUCACGGCAUCCAAGGAAUACCAAUCCCUAAUAUCCAGUCAUAUCGUCGCGCAGAAAGCUGGAAUCUGCUCUGGCAUGUUGCAGGCGGAUUUGGCUAUCGGUGCGUUAUUCAGUCUUCACCCUGACUGGAUUACGAAGGGAAUUACCGCCACAGUCCAUGACGCGAUCAACCACGCACCAAUCUGUCUAGAUUCUUCACGUGUUCUGUCUAUCGAAUUUGAAGAUCAAGAGAAUGGAUUCUGGGACUGGAAAAUUGUUGGUUCAUCUAUGGUUGCGCCUCGCGUUGUCCACACUACCGGACGCCUGCAAAUGCGAGACCCGAAGGACGUUUCAUACCAGGCGGAAUUCCGUCGGCUCAGCCGCAUGGUGGAUCAUGAGAGAUGCUUGGCCGUUCUGAACGCUAGACCAAGGGACAAUGACGUGGAAAUAUUGCAGGGACGCAGUAUAUACAGGGCGUUCAGCGACGUCGUUGACUUUGGACAGCAGUACCGCAGUCUGCGUUGGCUGGUCGGUCGGGGUAACGAGAGUGCCGGUCGGUUUUCUAAAACACCACAAAAUGAUGCGUGGUUUGACCAGCUUCGAGGAGAGCAUAUCAGCCAGGUGGGCGGGAUCUGGGUCAAUUGCAUGAGUAAUCAUAGCCGAGAUGAUAUUUUCUUGGGAGCAGAAAUCGAGACCUAUAUGGUUUCACCCGACUGGGUAAACCGGCCACUGCCCGAUCAAUGUGAUGUUCUGGCGCGCCAUCUAAAGCACAGGAAUACGGGUGACUAUACAAGUGAUAGCUUUGUGUUUGACCCUGACAGUGGAGACUUGGUACAGGUCUUGCUGGGAGUAAGAUUCACCCGGACGCCUAGGGCCUCUUUCGUCCGGGCAUUGCAACACAUGACACCAGGCCUGGAAACUGGCCAUCCCGAGUCGAUGUUGGGCACAACUCUGCAACCUAUUCCUAUGACGGCUGCCACACCUGUGGCCGUAGCCGAAGCUCCAAAGACAGUUUCCCCGAAGGCGAAUAUUCAUGAGACACCGACGAGAAACCUGCUCACGGAGAUGACCGAGCUCAUCGCCAACAUAGUCGGCGUGGAUAUAGCUGAAAUUGGACCGGAUGCCAACCUCGUCGACUUUGGCGUCGAUUCCCUGCUUGCGCUGGAAUUGCAAGGUGAGAUCAAGACCGCCUUUUCCUGCGCGCCAGACGUGGUCGCAAUACUUGAAGCCACUACCAUACGUGAUUUGGUAGCAUGCCUUCCUAUCCCUCGAGAUAUGCUACAGCAUGAGACCAUCAACAAUGCUGAAUCAACGGAUGACCUUUUUCACGAGGUCUCCUCGCUUUCCCAGGCCUCAGAUCCAUAUUUGAGUACCCCAUGUGAGUCCAGUACGUCAGGCUCAUUCAUCCCCCUUGACUUGCUAUGGAGAGCGUCGGACAUCCUAGAGUCGUUCUCUGCCAUUAAGGGUCGUGGUGACCAGAUGAUUCUUGAGCAUGGCCUGGGCAAUUUCGAAAGCAAUAUCGUUCCAGAUACCAAUCGGCUGUGCACUGCACUUGUGGUGGAAUGCUUCGAGGAGCUCGGCUGUCCAUUACAGAGCGCAAAUCCUGGUGAUGUCUUGAGCCGCAUAUCUUUCAAGCCUCAGCACACAAUCUUCGUGAACUAUAUUUAUCAUUUUCUUGAGAAAACUGCGCAGCUUGUCAGCCUUGAUCAAACCGGGCGACUCAUACGUACUGAAACACCUACCCCUACAAUGAGCAGCAAAGACAUGCUGCCUGAGCUGCUAAAGAAAUACCCUGAUCAUGGUGAUUUUACACAAUUGACGUAUCACGCAGGCAUUCAGCUUGCUAGCGCAUUAUCGGGACUCACAGAUGGUAAUCGAGUGCUGAUGAGCAAUCCAGAAGGCCGCAAGCUCUGCGAAUCUGUGUAUCACAACUACCCACUCAAUAGAAUUGGAUUUGAAACAAUCCGCGACGUGAUCAUUCAAGCACUUAAACACAUUCACAUAGACAAAACACCCCUGAAGAUUCUUGAAUUGGGAGCGGGAACUGGAAGCCUGACUAGUGUAUUGUUACCACUUCUUGGCUCGUUGGACAUUCCCGUUGAGUAUACUUUCACGGAUCUAUCCUCGUCGCUAGUGGCACAGGCACGUCGCACACUUGGAAGGCAAUACAAAUUCAUGAAGUUUGCCGUGCAAGACAUAGAAAAGCCCCCAAGUAAGGAGAUAGCAGGACAACAGCACAUUAUCGUCGCGAGCAAUGCAGUCCAUGCCACGCGAAGCUUGGAGGACUCGACAAGAAACAUUCGACAGGCAUUGCGACCAGAUGGUUUCCUCAUGGUACUUGAAAUGCGAGAAGCAUGGCCUGCACUUGAUCUUACAUUUGGCCUGUACGAGGGCUGGUGGCUUUUCGAAGAUGGACGUACCCACGUCUAUACCUCACCCGAGGUCUGGAAGCGUAGCUUGACGGCUGCUGGAUAUGAGGCUGUUGACUGGACCGAUGGGAAGCUUCCGGAGCACAAAUAUUACAUGGUCGUUAUAGCUCUGGCAUCCGCGCUAUAA